AUGGCUAAGAAGAUUGAGGCAGCUGCUGAACCUUGCAAAACAGCACCAAAAGGGCACUUUGUUGUGUAUGUGGGAAGCAAUAUGAGUAGGUUUGUCAUUCCAACAUCUUUCUUGAAGAAACCCUCUUUCCAACAGUUGCUUGAUAAGGCUGCUGAAGAAUAUGGUUAUCAUGAGUCUGGUAAAAUUGUGCUCCCUUGUGAAGAAUCUCACUUCCAAGCACUCAUCGCCCUCAUCUAG